GUUUCAAUGGACCCAAGUUGUCUGUGGACGCACAAGUGUGGUGGAACAUGUUGUUCUCAUCCUCACUGGUUGUUUUAAUAGGUUAGCGUGAGGGAGAAGCUGCAGGAGGACCAGCUUAGUGGACUGACGGUGUGUUAUGAACGGUUAUUCAUCUCUGUUUUGAAGCAGAGCUUCAUGCUUUGCUGCUGAAUCUACUUGUAUUGACACCUGGGCCAGUCUUUCCUCUGGUAAUUGGCCUGUAAAAGUGAUGCAGUUGUUCGAGCUCCUAAAAAGUCAGUAAGCUCAUUGCCUUAAAGGGGAAUUCCACCAAUUUUUUCCAAAAUUUCUGCAUAAUUCACUGUACACUGAGGUGUAAACAGUCAUUCUGAGUGGUUUGGCUUGUUUGUAGAGAAACUUACAGACUCUGAUUUUCUUUACAGUGGUGGUGAUAGGAACCAGAAGACGCAAGUACAGACAUUUUAUUUACUAUCCAGAACCACCAGUGAACCCACAUGUGUCUUAUGAGUCUUUAUAUGGAACGUCGAUGAUGGUAAAAUAGGCAUAAAUCAGAAAAAUUUUGUUUUUUUUACGUUCUUUCUUUUGCCUUAUAACGCCCUGCAUGGAUCCCUCCACCAUGAAUGAGUUUAAAAUUAUGCCAAUUUUUUUAUUUUUUUGAAAUUUUUAUUUUGGGUUUUCCUGUAUGCAUAUAUCAUUCCAGUGAAAAAAAUCAACAUACCACUUAACGUAAACAAUAAUAUAAGUAAAUUGCAGGGAUUGAAGUAGUAAUACUAAUAAUAAUACAGAGUAAAUUGUCAUGAGAAUGGAUUCCAUUAAAUGCCUAUCAUUAUACAAAGUUACAUCAUGACCUAAAUGGUACCAAUAAAAUUCUUUUGACAUAAUUACAUAUUCCAGAAGAUUAUAGUAAUUCAACAAGUAUCUAAGGUAAUGUUUCCAUGUGCCCAAUGAAAGGUAAACCCUGAAGAAUACCAUCAUAAAACAGUGUCCCAGACAUCAGGCAGUGAAUUCAUACCUAUUUCUUGUAAUAACUUUCUGUGAGCUUUUAAAGGUGGACGUCUGGUUCCUAUCACCACCACUGUGAACAAUCCUGACUCUGCACGUUUCUCUAGAACGAAGCAUUUCACACCAAACCGCUCUGAAUGACUCCGUUUAUUGUGCAGCCCUUAAGUCAUACAGAAAUUUUGAAAAGUCGUUGGAAUUCCCCUUUAAAAUUCUGAUUUCAGUGAACCCUCUGCAGUUAGUGAACGCCUACACAAACCCAGGCACUGGUGGUGUCCAGACGCCAUUGGGGAAUUCGACUUGACUUGAGUAAAGAGGAAAAGUCAUGAUGAUAAAGUCAGAGUCAGCGAAUUCUAUGUUGCGAUAAGCUGAAAAAAGUCAGCCUUCGGUUUUGAGUUGAGUGAAUAUGCAGUAGUAACUGACAGGAUCGUGGUGGCCUCUGAACACUGUUGGGAAUCUGCUAGUGACAGUCUUGAUGACUUAGUCAUUUUUGUGACAUCAUAACCUCAUUUAAACAAACUGUUGUUCUCUAUUACAGUUCAUAUCAAAAACUGUCAAAAAAAACUUCUGAUUACUGAUAAAAGUUUAUUGUCAAAAUUCACAGUUAAGCUGCGUGAAGCUUUUUUUGGUGCUCAUCUGAAGCUGUUUUCCUGUAAAAAGCUUCAAAAAUGCACAAAGUUGCUGUUAUAUUAUAAACAAUUCCACUUUACAGUCGUGUGCAAAAGUUUGUGCACCCCCAAAUAAUGGCAUUAUGUUGCUUUUCUAUCCUCCUUACUGUUUAUUACUGUUUAAUUUCACACUUUGGGGGGAGAAAUAUCCCAUAAAAUCUGGACUGUGCAAAAGUUAUGGCUUUAUUUUAUUUUCUGGUAUGUUAAACUUUGUUAAAGUUAGCAAAUACUUCAAAUCAGUAUUAUUUGCAGAAAAAUGGCACAAUAAAGUUUCCUUUACAGGAGUUUAAGAUCAUUAUCAACAAAACCAACGGCAUUGGACGGAAGGAUGCUCAAACUUUUGCGCACGACUGUGAGUAGGACAGCGUAUAAGAUAAGGUUGAGUUUGGAAAUGACACACAGCUGCUUUCGAACGGAUCCCCUGCCCCUAGCGAAGGUCCGCGUGCUGCUCUGGCGCUAAUCUGUUUAGUUCCACGGGGCGUAAAGGAGAUUACAGGCUGUUAUUCCGCUUUUUAAAUCCAUUAUACUUUUCUCUUUUUUUCCCGAAGCAAGACGAGGAGAAAAGGUUAGUUUCUGUGAAGACAGUGUUGGAGUGACGAUGCGGCUACGGGCCCUAGUGUGGCGACUCCUCCUGCUCCCCCUCUUGGUGCUUCCUUGGACACUCUGCAGUGCCUGUCCAAAAGACUGCACAUGCAAUAAUCCACAGUCCAUCUUCUGCAUCCAGCGACGCUCUUCCUCUAUGCCCCUCAAUCUCCCUGCCUCCACAAAAGCCCUGUAUGUGUUCCAGAAUGGUAUCACCUCCCUGCAACAUCAGAGCUUCCUCGGUCUGGCCGAAUUGCAGAUGCUAGACCUCAGCCAGAACCAUCUCACGGAGAUUCCAGAUGGAGUUUUCGGGUCGCUUGCUUCCCUGCACAACCUAGACCUAUCUUCAAACUUCAUUACCCACCUCUCCAAGGACAGCUUUGCUGGACUGGUAAACUUAGAGAGGUUGUACCUCCACAGCAACCGCAUCCAGAGCAUCCACCCGGCUGCAUUUAAGAAUCUAGAGCACCUGCUGGAACUGAAGCUGCAGGAGAAUAAGAUAAGCAUACUGCCUGCUCUCCAUCUACCCAAAUUGCUCCUUUUGGACAUUAGCUACAACAGCAUCCCCGCUCUUGGACCAGCGGACCUCCAGGCACCACACUUGGAGUCGCUGAAGAUGGCUGGACUGGGACUGACCACCUUGGAUGAAGGAUUAAUGAGAAGUUUAGGGAACCUGCACGAUCUGGAUGUGUCUAACAACAAGCUGACAGGGAUGCUACCUGCUCUAAGAUCAGUGAAAGGGUUGAUCCACCUUAACCUGACUUCUAACUCUCUAGGUCUGCUAAGGCAAGAAGAUUUCCAGAACUUGGUGGGAUUGCAGGAACUGGACAUAAGUAGUCUGAAUCUACAAGGGUUCCCUGUAGGCUUUUUCCAGAUGUUCCCCAGAUUGCACCAUCUCACAGCUGCUCAAAACCCCUUCAAUUGUCUGUGUCCACUGGCCUGGUUUUCCAGUUGGCUGAAAGAAAGGAAAGUUGAGCUUGGUCGGAAGGACGAGACACGCUGCCACUUUCCUCCCUUAAAUGCAGGCAGGAAGCUGGCUGAGCUGGAGAACAAGGACUUUGGCUGCCCCACCACCACCACUGAGCUGUCUGACGUACUUACCAUCAGCAGCACACACAAUCCUCCAGAUCCCACAACUGCUUUGCGAACCACCCAUGCCUUCCCUCCUCUUCCUCCCAGUGAUAAGCCAUCAGUUGAGACAUACUACCAUCUGUCUCCCAAGGCAACUGCCUCCCCCAGAAGUCACGAAGAUCAGGUAGAACACAUGUGCCCCCCAAACAUCUGCUUGAAUGGGGGCACAUGUAGAUUUGACCAGCAGGGUCAGGUGGACUGUCUGUGUCAACCAGGUAGAUCUGGAACAUACUGUGAGAACUGGGACGAACCCCAGCCUCCACUGUUGUCUCCAAGGAAUGAUGUGGUUCCUACGGCUUCUAUGGUAGACAACAUCAGCUCCCAUCAUGUAACCAGCACCUCCAUCACACUGGACCUGCACCGUUACAUUGAAUCACGGCCACACAUCCGUGGGAUUCGCUUGGUUUACCGGAACCUGUCUGGACCAGACCGCAGACCCCUACAGCUCAACGUGCCUCCUACCUACCCAGAGUAUACGCUGAGAGGGCUACAGCCCAACUGCACGUACUCUGUAUGUGCCAGUCCACUGGGUGAGCCUGCAGAACAUACCAAGAGCUCCUGCAUGGAGGCUCGAACUGGCGGAAGGGAGCAGCCUAUUAUAGAAGAUAAACCUUCUUCUACUCUUGUACCCAUACUUGUAGCAGUGGCUGUAGUCAUGGCAGUAGCCAUAAUUGCAGCAGUGGUGGUGGUUUCACGCAGGAGAAGGGCCAAAAGCCCCGCAGAUAUGGAUCUAGAUGAGCCAGCUCCUUUUGAGUUAGAAGGAGUCAAGACAUGCUUGGAGAAUGGGGCAACACCUAAAAAACACCCUGAGAUCAUGCCCUGCCCUCCAGUAUCUCAAAACGGCAUGGAGUAUGAGAUCCCGCUGAUCCAAGAACAAUUCACAGCCAACAACAACACAGAUGGCAGGAUACCCUCAUACACUAAAAUGCAAAAAUGUGCUGCUCAGACCUCCAGCCCCUAGGGGCAAUGUCCUCCGUUACCCCUGCAGGCAGGCAAAGUGUAGACACUGCACAUUUUGGUGGGCAGAUGAGCAGUUUGCAUCAUUGUUGGUCAAGUGUGAUUGUUAAAACUGACUUGUAAGUAUUUAAACCAAGUGCAAUUGCCAACUUAAGGUAUUCAACGUUGCUGAAUCAAAAGUGCCUUUUUGCAUGUUAAAAACGGCAAGCUUCGACUGCAUAGCUCUCUAAUGAAGCUAGAAGCGGCACAUUACUAAGUGUUGCUGGACAGGAGAACACACUGUUUUCAUGAAAUCCAUGCACCUAGUCAUGCUGGUGCUGAGACAAAGAGGAAAGCAAGGCAAGGGUAGGCUGGGAAUCUAAAAGACUUUUAACAUACCUACCUUUUGACUGCAGGCUUGUCCAGAGCUGAGGUUAAAGAUCAAUGUGAAUCUUUUGUCCUGUUUUGACAUACAGAAAAAGACCAGUACUCAUUGACUUUAUGGAAAAAUGGGAUUGACUGAUUUUUUCAAAAGGAUGUACGAGGGCAUCUCUUUUUCUCUAGGAAAACACGCGCUGAUCUGUGACUGUCUCUGCUCCUCUGAGAAACUGUGCACUGAUUUGAGUUUAGACUCUGUGACAGAGUCCUUCAAAAGGCCUAAAGAAGAGAUCCUGGACAGGUUCUUCAGAUAUCUUUCCUUCAAGCUGCAGCUUUAAAAUGCCUCCUUACCACUUAAGUCCUUUUAUAGAGAUUUGCUGUGAAAUACAAAACUUACCAUGAAGAGACUGUUUACCCUUUUGCAUAGGUGGUGUUAUGUAUGUGAAGGUUUUCUUUUUUGAGCUGAUAUUUUAUUUUUCUAAGGUUUUGUAUCUUGAAACCGCUGAUAUUGUUACCAGUGCCAUCAUUGUUUCUCUUGCAUUGUAAUUGCAUGACUAGCAAGCGUCUUCCAUCCACCUAGAGAGGCUGGUUUGUAGUGCAUCCUCUGACAAGUCAUUAAUUGCAGUGACAGUUACCAUUGUCAUUUUUCAUAAUGGCAUUUAGCUUAAUGCUAUUACAACAGAUAUUGAAAGGAGCGCUGUUGAAGUUAACGUGGUAAUACUGCGUUAACAAUGUGUUAACCCUUUAAUUGUGCUAAUUUUUUUUUAACACCAUUAGCACAUUUUCCUAGUUUAAUCCUUCGAACCAUCCGUAGUAGUGCUAGCUGACGCCCAGCUGCUCGUGCACUGUUGUUAUGACUCCACGACUUUAUCUCUCGGAUUCAAAUACAGCUUUUAAAUGGAAUGUUCUGUUGCUAGUCCCCCUUGCUAAAUGCUAAUUCCAGCUAGUGCCAUGGUGAAUUUGUUUUUUCCCUUAGAUAGAUGAAGUCUGAAGUAUCAUUUACAAGCUGCUGAGGCUUCUGAUAUCAGUAAUUCGGCAGUACCUGAGCUCGUGUGAGACCUAUGAAGAAAUCAACAAGCAGCAAACUAACAAAAGCAACAGCAAAGUGGAACACUCCAGUUUCCUCCACUGUAAGAAGAACAAGAGCUGGAACCAUUGCUUGUGUGUAUGUAUAUAUAUAUUAUAUAUAUAUUAUAUAUAUAUAUAUAUAUAUAUAUAUAUCUCAUACUCAUUGGUUGGAACGUGGAGCCACUGUUGCUCUCACUCGACGUCGGCGAUCACUCAUAUAACUAUAACAAAAUGCAUCUUUUUAUAAAGAAAAAAAUCUUUCUCUAGGGUCAAGUGUGGGCAAAUAAGACAAAUGCAAUCAAUCGCUACACAAAAUAAUGCAGCUAAUCAUGAUGAAUUAUUUUACACCCAUGAUUGAAAAUGUUUUACGUUUUAUUUACAUUUCAGUCCACUGUAACUUGGCCCAUCAUUGAAUGUUCAAGGUCUCGUAGUGCUUUUUAAUCAUUAGUCAGUGGACUUUAAACCAGUCCUAACUGUUAAACUUUUCAUUUUUCCCCAGUGCAGUUCUAGUUCAAAGGCAUGGUUAAUGUUUUAGUCUUAAAGGCUUCAACUACAAGUUGAGCACUUGAACUACAAAUUAGAAGUGCUCCAGACAUCUGACAGCAGUGUGACACAUGACAACAGAUACAGUACUCAACAGUACUGUGACGGUUAGUGCAAAAUAAUGAAGUGCGAAUCUAAAUUGCUAAUCUCAAAAAUGCUACUCAGACAUGGUACAAUAGCACAAAUGCAAAAAAACUACAGAGGGAACUCUAAGUCUUUUGCCAAAUUAAGGGUGGUGAUAACCUCAUACUGACCAUGCUGUAGGCGGUCAGUCCCAAAAAUGUGCAAACUGUGUGUGUGGGCUUUACUGCCAUCAGACAGAAAAGGUUCAAAGCUAUGUGUAGUUUGUGUUUAUCCAUAGUCUGUCUGGAUCUGAGAAUUGCAAUCAUGUUGUAACACUUAAGAAGGCAAAGCCGCUCCUUUAUCUGCUGUUUGAUCUGCAGUCCAAAAGAGCUCAACAACAGAAGUGGAUUUGGUCUGUAAGUGAGAUUCUGGGAUGAAUGCUGCGGUUAUUGUACAGCAGGCUGGUUUUAAAGACCCUGUUUUUUUCAGCAACACUUGCCCAUCGACCAUGUAAUUCAGGGCCUUUCACAUUACAAGGCUUUUGCUGUGAUUUCACUGUUAUGAACUCCUAAUGUUAGGAUAUUCUGGAGUUGAUUGGGAGCUGGGGGAACAUCAUUGAUUGUAUUGCACUGGGUGGGCUUUUCGAAUAUCAUAGCAAACCUUUUGGUUUGAAAGGUGCUGCGAAUGCAGGAAACUUUUGUGUUUGGAUAGAGAAAGUCAUUCACUUUUAAUUAAAUAUUUUAUGGUUGAGAUGGAAAGUCAUUCAGAAUGGCUUGAAGUGAAACAGUGCAUUGGCGAGAAAUUUGCUUACUCUGAUUUCUUUCCAGUGGCGGUGAUGGAAACCAGAGGUUGUGGUGUCUAUAACCAAAUACAGCCGUUUUAUUAACAAUCCAAAACACAAGUAAACUUAAAAUAUGUCUUUUGAGUUUUUACAUCACUGCUGUCAGAUCAAAAUAUUGUAUCUCUAAUGUAGUAACUUUACAGGAGAAAGAAAAAACAUACUUUACUUUUGAUAUAAGUCAAUGCAAUCAGACAUUUUUCCAUGUAAUUUUGGGUUGUUUCUUUUGGUCCAUUCAUCGUGAUAUUUACACACAAUGUAAAGGGCAACAGGCAUUUUCAAAUUAUGUCAAAAACUAAAAAAUGACAAAAAUGGAGAUACAAGGUUUUGUUCCUAGAGCAGCGAAAUGUAAUGUUGAUAAUGGUAAUGUAGUAGUCAAUCUGAAAAAAAAAUCUUUGGGGACUGUUUUGCCUUUCAAUACCCUGCAUAUAACAUCAUGAUUGUAUGUAAAAAUUGCAUUUAGGCCAAAAUCCUGUCUCAAACUGUCAUAAAACAAAGUCUCAGGCAUCAGGCUGUUUGUUCCUAACCAUAGAAUGUAACAACUUUCUGUGAUGGAGCUUUUAGAGGCAUUAAACUCUUUAGGCAUUAAAGACAUCUGGUUCCUAUCAGCACCACUGUGAAAAAUUCUGACUAAGCAAGUUUCUCUAAAAUGGUGCACUUCACAUCAAACCACUCGGAAUGGCUUUGUUUACGUCACAAUGAUUUGAUUAUGCGGUUGUUUAGAAAAAUCGGUGGAAUUCCCCCUUCAAGGGCAAACUGACGAAAAGUCAAAUCCCCCCAAAUGCAGCUGAUCAGCCGAAGCUUAUUUGGUGUUGGACAAAAUUCAUGCCUCUGGAUGGCUGUCCCUACGUUUUUUGGGGUUUUUUUUUGGCUAUGCAAAGUACCUUUGUCCAUUUAUUGGUAAGAGUACGUCAUACAGCAUCAGAAAGCACAUUUAUUUCAGAUUGCUUAACAACUUAGCACAGUUUGAGGAGAGUGUGUGAGGAUUUAGGCAUGCAGUUUGCAUAAUGCUAACUGGUGGCCAUAAGCUCCCAUUACUUUUUCGUAAAAUUAGCUUUGUACCUCCAAAUGAACAAAAAAGCAAGCUCCUGACAGCAAACAUAUCUUGGCUGAUCAACUACAUUUGAGGUAAGAAGAAAAAAUUCUUUGAUUUUUUUUUCCAAACUAUCACUUUAAUCUACUUAAAGAGGAAUUCCUAAUAAUUUUUAAAAAGUUCUGUGUAAUUCAUUCAGCCAGAUGUACACAGAGUCAUUCAGAGUGGUUUGAUGUGAAAAGGUUCAUUGCAGAGAAACGUAAAAGCUCAGAUUCCCUUACAGUGGUGGUGAUGGGAACCAGGCGUCGUGAUGUCUACAACACAAAUAUUGCCAUUUUAUUUACUGACCAAAAAAACAGUGACCUGACAAGUGAAAGGAUUUAAAAAUGUAUGUUUUAGGCCACAAAUUUGUGACCACUUUUAUGUCAUAACUUUCACUGAGAUGGAUUUUAGAAGCAUUAAACUCUUUGGAUGUCUGGUUUCUAUAACGCCCACUGUAAAAACUCUAUGUUUCUCUGGAAAGGCACAUUAAAUAUGUUUAAUCUGUUCAAUCAGCAGCGUAGCUUCAGCAUUGUAAUUUGCCAGUCUGAAAAAUGUUUUCAGUUCCAGCAAUUAUAGGUCAGUCCGCAACCUCCCGCUGCCCAUAGCACUCUUCACCCAUGAGUGUUACACAAGCACCGCCCAGUCGCACAGAUGGGCCCGACACCCUGCACGUCCAAACAAUCCAAACAUUUAAACUGGAAAGAGGAGCCGCUUCACACAGUGUGAGGGGCCGAAAGUAUCUGAAGCAUUUGCAGACCCUCUUUCAAGUUCCCUGUUUACUUUGGGAAGUUUGUUAUUUUUCUCCGUAAUGUUUUGUGUGUACAGAACCAAGGCUUGUCUUUUUUUGUCUAAUGUAAAAGCAGAUACGUAUGUGUUUUUAAAGAAACGUGAUGUCUUUUAAGAAAAUACAGUGAAAAAAAAACAGCA